UUAAGAUACAGGAUCUUGCUCCCCGAUGUUGCGCAUUGCAGUACCUACAUCGCAAGGAUUCGUCUGAAACAUCGGAUCGCACAAUGACCUCGAUUGGAACAGAGGCAAUGAGCAAUGAGAAUGAAUCCCAGAGACAGAUUGAAAGCUCACGUACACCGGACGCCCGAGAGGUUGACAACAGCGUUGGAAAAAGAGACAGACCUGCUAUGGCCAUCUACCGUCCUAGACAGGCACGGGUGGGCGGAGAAAGUUCUCAAAAGAAUGAGCAUGACGAUCAGCACAAGACUGAUGACCAAGUGGGGCAGGUAUCAAGGCCUUCAGAGCGAAUUCCUGAGGAAGACAAAGCUUUGCAGGAAACGAUCUUUGAAAUGGCCUCCAACCCAGAUGAAACCUCUCAACAGACCGACUGCAGUUUGUUGUAUGAUUACGAAUCGUUUCGCAUGGAUCUCACCUCAUCUCGUGUCUGGGAAGACCAGCCGAAGAAGAAGACGUAUCUAGAGCUGAAGCCAAGCUCGAACUCGAGGUGUCACUGGGAUCCCACUUGGCAGCUCAGGGCUCCGGACAACGGUUUCUUUAGUUUCACUGCACAGCCCAGUGAAGCGCACGAUGCAAGGAUCGUGGUCCACUUGAGCACUCAGAAAGGGCAGUUAACAACUUUCUAUGAAGUAGAAGUUGACACCGUGAAGCAUUCCUGCAAGAUCAGACAUGUUUCGAAUGAAAACUUGAUUGAGACAUGCGAGAAUGGCCCGAGCAAUUUACAACAAGCUUCCUCUUCCUGUCGUCCGCCUCCACAAUCAUUCUGGAUUGCUUAUCGUCAUGGAACGAUUGCUGUGGGGAAGGGAACUCGUCUGGUCGACAGCACCAUCUUGUGCAACAUGAGAGCAUCGGUGAUUGAAAGGGGCAUUCAAGCUAUAGGUUUUUCUGUCCCUUCUGAUGCGAAAAACAUCUCUCUCUCUCGCAUUUUCUUUGGAAAGAAAUUGUGCAGGAAUGUGGCAUCUCUUUCCCACAUCCGACUUAUCAAGGCAAACGACAGCAUCUUCGAAGAGGUAAUCAAUCGGAAGAGAACACGAAAUCAUUUCGAAAAUUUGCCUUCUGUCAUAACCUGGAACAGCAACGUUGGCUCGAGAAUGUUUGAAAACGAGCUCCUACGUCACAUCCAGGAGGUGGUCGGUUGCGACAACGUAGCUUUCCGCUGCAAGUUUCCGAGCUGGGGUUGGGCUAUCUUCUCGAGCUGCGGGGCGGCAGACAAGCUGCAGGCGGACCUCUUGGGGAUGAGGGAGAAGGGCAAGUUUGCACAAGUGCAGGUGAUGAGGUGCGAAGAAGCAACAAGAGAAGAGCUCUUGGCCUCUGGUCUGCCUGUCACGCGAGAUCGACCCAAGGCCACAGCUCGAGUCGCCAACCGCCUCAUCUCCUCGGCGCUGAAGGGCGUCAUGUCCGGCAACAACAGACGACGGUGAACUACAAGUAGACCUUUAAUGUUCACAUUUCCAAGUUGCUCAUAUAAACUUCUCUUGCUGAC